AUGGAUGUACCAGAGGGGAAUGGAAACCCUUUGGGCAAUGGACUCGGUCGAGCUAGGCAAACUCGACCGAUUGGUCUAGGAGAUGCUCCAAACCGCCACCAACAGAGACAAGGGAUUGUUCCACCACCAGUGCAGAACCACAACUUUGAGAUCAAGCUGGGAAUGAUCAACCUUGUCCAGAACAAGAUGUUCCAUGGAUUGCCAAGUGAAGACCCCAUUGACCACCUUGAUGAGUUUGAUAGGCUUUGUGAUUUGACAAAGAUCAAUGGUGUCUCUGAAGAUGCCAUCAAGCUGAGACUCUUUCCUAUGUCUCUAGCUGACAAAGCUCACCAAUGGGAGAAGAGCUUGCCCCAUGGCACAAUCACCACUUGGGAUGAAUGCAAGAAGGCCUUUCUUGCUAAGUUUUUCUCCACCGGUCGCACAGCCAAGCUUAGAGGAGAGAUAUCCAGCUUCAUCCAGCGAAACAAUGAGACAUUCGAGAGGCUUGGGAGAGGUUCAAACUACACAAGUCAGUGCCCACACCAUGGAUUCAACAAUGAAUCUCACUACUCUCCACUCUUUAUAGAGGAUGCUUGCCUAGAGUAUGAUCGCACCAACCGGAGCUCGACCCACCACUCGAUCGAGUCAGACGAAAAGUUGAGAAAAGAUGUUAAGGCAUUGAAUGAGAAGUUGGAUAAGCUGAUCCUAGCUCAGUCCACAAUGAAGAAAGUCAACUUUGUGUCUGCUGAGGAGAUGGAACCAGUCCAAGAAGGGGAGGAUACACAAUUUGCUGAGGUGUGCUACAUGAGCAAUGGGCAAGGAGGACCAAGUCUAUCCUCAACAACAAGCAGCUCGAUCGAGUCAAGCCACAACAUGGGUAUGGUCCAAAAGAACAAUUACCAAGGACCCCAAGAUGACGAUAUUGUUGCUACUGAGGCUCCUACUGUGGCCUUUCACACUUCACCAGUUGAGCUCACAGACCAAGCUCGAUCGGCUGCUCGAUCGACUCGAACUCUAGCUCGAUCGAGUCAGACUUCAUCAGACCUCAAGCUGAUUUUGCUUGAUCCUUACCAGCCAGUUGAUACAUCAUCCGACCGCCUACUCAGUCAAAGCCAUAAGGAAGUGAUUCACAAGUUCAGGAAAGACCUAAGUGAGAUUGGAGUUGAGUUGCUUUCUAUGGAAAGCAUGAGUGAGGCCUUUGAGCAAAUGAAGUUGAUUCAAGAUGUUCUGGCUCACAAGGAAAAGGUUUAUGAGCUGUCUACUCACCAAAUCAACCUGCUUACUUCACCUACUUUCUUACCAAAGGUGAAGGAUCAAGGGAAAUUCACUCUCCCUUGUACACUUGGGCAUAUUGAGCUUGACAAUGGCAGAAAAGAUUGGCAUUGCUGGAGCAUUGCAGUGCCCUAG